AUGUGCUACUCCCCAUCUGGCUCAGCACGGGAAUUCUCUACUCCUCGCCCUCUUUUUGUCCACCCUGACCGGUUUCGGCCCAAUUCGUUCUUCAAGGGCCGUGAGGAGGAGCUGCGCAGUCUCCACAGGUUGCUGACAGACUCCAAAAGACGAUCAGAAGGUACUUCAGCCGUGCUAGUCCAGGGCAUUCCCGGGGCUGGGAAAACGCACUUGGCUCGGCAGUAUGUGUUCAACCACAAAGAUGACUACCCAGGCGGCAUAUACUGGAUCAGAUCGACAACGCUGCAAGACAUGGAGGACGGCUUUUGGCGCAUCGCCAAGACCGAGGCUAUCAGGAGUAUGGCGGCUCAAGAAGAAAAGAAGAACUUGUUGAACCCUCAAAAAAUGGUGGAGAUCGUCAGAAGUUGGUUCAACGAGUCAGAGAACUGGCUGCUGGUGUUCGACGGUAUUCGCUUCGGCGACAACGCUGUACUUGACUUUAUACCCGACAGGCCAAACACCAGCCUUAUCUAUACGUCAACAGAGCGCGCCGAACCUGGUGCAUACCGUCUGGAUAACCCCAGUGUCAUGAAGCUCGGUCUACUUCCGGUCCAGGACGCGCAGGAGUUAUUGCUCGAAGAAAUGGGGAAGAAACAACCAUACACGACUGACGAUCUCAGACGUGCCCAAGAUUUGGUGCAGCUGAUGGGUCGUCUCUCCCUGAUGAUCCACGCGGCAGCAUUGCAGAUGAACGCAACACGGGAGCCCCUAGCAAAGUAUCUAAAGUCAUUCCGGGACACGCCGAAAGUAGGGAUUCUUCCGGCUUUCAAGACCAUCCGAGACCAACUGCAAAAAAGAGGCGACACCGCCGCACUGAAUCUUAUAUACAUCCUUUCCUUCUUCAGUCAAUCGAUGCCAGUCGAAAUGCUAGCACUUGGUUUGAAGGCUCUCGACAAGCGCACGCCGGUGAAGACGGAAACCACCCGCCACAAGAGAAGCUUGACUCGCACUUUCGUCACGUUGAUCGACUUUGCCCUCGUUGAGCGGAACGAAACGGACGAUAUUUCUUCCUCAAGCUCUCAAAGUUCUCGUCAAAGCGUCGACCUCAUUCCCGAACCCUUGGAUACGCUCCGCGUUCACAGCAUUGUGCAAGCAUUCUUCAUCGAACUCCUUGCUGAAGAGGGACAGUUGGAGUUUUGGCUGGAACGGGCGGUUCGUGUCUUCUGCCGCUCAUUUGAUGAGGCCGACGCCAGAAUGAACAAAGAUCCUGUCACUGGCUUGCCAGAUGACUACAGGCAGUACAUAAGACAUGGAAAGAAGCUGAUGGAGCACCUCGAUCGUCACAAGCCUUCUCACACGUCUCAUAAAGCCUGGGAGCAAUCCAAUCUCCAACGAGACAAUUCAGGAAACUUGGUUGCGGCUAGAUUGGACCUCGAAGCACGACUUGCGAAGCUUCCAAGGGAAAUUGACGAGUUGCAAAAAGCCAUAUCAACAGAUAUUGUAGACGGGAAGAAGACUGUCACGCACACUUCCGUCUUCGAACGCACAAACAGCGUAUCUUCACAGUCGACAGAUGCUUCUAACGGUGCGAACUUCUCGAACCGCACUUAUCCUGAGGAUACAGAAUAUGAGUCUCCGCUCACCUUCGUCGACCCGAAUCAUUUCCACUUGCCAUAUGUCCCAUUUCCGGAGGACCGAGAGCCCCGAAUGGAAGACGAGAGAUCCGAGGAUCGGACCAUUACUCCGUACCCUCCGGAUGUGGUAGAGGGAAUGUACCCAACCUCUUCCGAGUCGGAGUGGAUUGUCGUUUCCAGACACCGCUCCGUGAAAAAACGAGAGCAGCGGCGCUACCGUGAUCAUGGGGGAGCGUGGAGAGAAACUGCCACAACAACCAACGAUCCCCGCGUUAGCAUCAGCCGUGAAUCUGCCCGCGGUCUCAUUACACCACCUCAAUCUUCGAGAGGGGGAAGGUCUCCUAGUCGUUCAAGAGUGACUGCCAUGAGCGAGGCUGAAACCGAGCUCAUGCACAUCAAAAAGGGCUCUCCCCCUCCCCCUCGAGGCGGUGGUUACAUUCAAGACAAAGGCCGAAGCUCCAGCACAGGUACUGCCGCGAAGCCAUUGUCCAUUCUGGGCAAGGCCAGCUAUGCCAAUGUAAUAUCCGGGACUACCGUCGAAGAUGAGGCGUCAUUGGAUCCGGAGUUUCUUACGCCACCAUCAAGAGCGGGAAGCAUUGACAGAGUAGCCGCCUACGAUGAUGCUCUCUCAGUCAAUAGCUUGCGGACCAUCGAUAGCGCGCCCGUUUCGAUCGCGCAAAGAAUGAAAGAGAACCGGCUUCCGGAUACGGCCAACCUCGAGCGAGUAGACCACCAGGACCACAACAGGACCGAGAAGCACACCCGUCUCGACAAACAUACUUAUCCGACUUAUUUCGACGUGUGA